CCAGUCCCACCCCUUGCUGUCUGAAAUUACCGUCCUCUCCACAAUACAGAGCAAUUUCAGUACCUCCCCCUAGUUUUGCUUCCUUUUGCUCUGCACUUGCUCAGUCUGUGCGUCUGCCUACCUACCUUUCUUUACAUCCACCCCUACCACCUAUCCACUUGCGAACCAACACCGAGCAAUCCAGGACCUCCUUCCAACCCGACAUUUCGUAUACGUCGAUCUCUUCCAUUUUCCUACAGUUCGACUGUCACUCUGUUUCUUUGUACCUAUGCUCACGACCUCGCAGAACCGAAGGAUUUCUGUCUCUGGAGCAUGAUAAGGACUGCCAACUCAUCCGCAAUCCAACAACAUCUAGUAUUGAGCUACCAGCAUGCAGACUGGAUACAUAUUCUCCAGCAGAAGUUUUCUGCCAGAAAACUAAAGCCCCUUGUACUAGAGAUUCUGAAAACGGGAAAAUCAGUUUCAGGUCUCCACAGAAUGGAGCGAGAAUGAACAGAGAGCGGCUGAAAGAAAAGCAUGAACUGGAGGUUUAUUGAGGUCAUCUGCUUCCUGUUUAUAUGGGACCAUAUAACAGUUCAGUCUUCCCGCCAGGACCCAUCAACAGCCGAGCAACAUGUCACCAAGCAGUUUGACUGGCUCAUCUCCGACCGCGGACCUUUCCACCACUCUCGGAGUUACCUCUCCUUUGUGGAAAGAUUCCGCCAAGGAUUUACAACCAGAUAUAAAAUCUAUAGGGAGUUUGCACGUUGGAAGGUGAGGAACACCGCUAUCGAGAGGAGGGACCUGAUUCGAAACCCUGUGCCACUCAUGCCGGACUUCCAGCGCAGUGUCCGGUUGCUAGGGCGACGACCCUCCACUCAGCAGUUCAUUGACACCAUCAUCAAGAAAUAUGGAACCCACAUCCUCAUAUCUGCCACCUUGGGAGGUGAGGAGGCAUUGACUUUGUACAUGGCCAAGAACAAGCUGGACCGGAAGCUGGUCAACGCCACUCAGAAUGUUGAAGCAUUGCACCAGCUGGCCUCUUCUUACUUCAUUGACCGAGACGGCACUAUGCGGAAGCUUCAUGAGAUCCAGAUAUCCACCAAUGCCAUUAAGGUAACAGAAACACGUACAGGUCCACUGGGAUGUAGCAGCUAUGAUAAUCUGGACUCUGUGAGCUCUGUCCUCCUGCAAAGCCCGGAGAUCAAGCUCCAUCUGCAAGGUCUCCAGGUCAUCUUCCCAGGGUACCUCCAGGAGAAAUUUGUCCAAGCGGCUCUGAGCUACAUCAUGUGUAAUGGCGAGGGAGAGUACGUCUGCCGGAACAGCCAGUGUAUCUGCAUGUGUGCUGAUGAAUACCCACAAUGCAACUGUCCUAUUACCGAUAUCCAGAUUAUGGAGAACACCCUGCUGGGGCAGGCAGAGUCCUGGGCAACCUCUUAUAAGGACUUUGAAAACUCAGACGAGUUCAAGUCAUUUCUGAAGAGGCUGCCCUCCACCCAUUUCCUGCCAGUCAGCAGCAUCCACCUCCUGUGGGGAAGUGACUGGGACCUGCAGGCACGUUACCGCCUGCUUCAGAGCUCCCUGGAGACUCAGAGGAUCAAGAUUCAACGAACUGCACGCAAGCUUUUUGGUCUCAGCAUCCGCUGCCACCACAACCCCAACCAUCAGAUGCCUAGGGAGAGGUCGGUGAUGCAAUGGCUGAACAGGGUCCAGUCCUUCCUCUAUUGCAAUGAGAAUGGUUUCUGGGGGACAUUCCUGGAAAGCCAGAGGACGUGUGUGUGCCAUACCGGUGUCACCUUAUGUCAGCGACCCAUCCCAUGUAUCAUCGGGGGCAACAACAGCUGUGCCAUGUGUAGCUUGGCCAACAUCUCACAGUGUGGCUCCUGCAACAAGGGCUACAAGCUGUACAGAGGCCGCUGUGAGCCCCAAAAUGUGGAUUCGGAGCGUAGUGAGCAGUUCAUCAGCUUUGAGACCGACCUGGACUUCCAGGACCUGGAGCUCAAGUACUUGCUCCAGAAGAUGGACUCGAGGCUCUACAUCCACACCACCUUCAUAAGUAAUGAAAUCCGCCUGGAGACUUUCUUCGACCCACGGUGGCGAAAGCGCAUGUCCCUGACUCUAAAGAGCAACAAGAAUCGAAUGGACUACCUGCAUAUGAUCAUCGGGCUCUCCAUGAAGAUCUGCCAGAUGCGAAACAGCAGCAUUGACCCUAUGUUCUUUGUUUACGUGAACCCAUUCAGUGGCAGCCAUUCUGAAGGCUGGAGCAUGCCCUUCGGCGAGCACAGCUAUCCACGUUGGGAGAAGACAAGGCUGGGCAACUCUCAGUGCUUUAAUUGGACCCUGCUGCUAGGCAACCGAUGGAAGACCUUCUUUGAGACAGUGCACAUCUACCUACGAAGCCGCACCAAGGUGCCAACCGGGCUGCGCAAUGACACAGGCCAGGGUCCCGUGGACCUAUCUGACCCGAACAAGCGCCAGAUCUACAUAAAGAUCUCUGAUAUCCAGGUGUUUGGUUACAGUCUACGCUUCAAUGCAGACCUGCUCCGGAGUGCUGUGCAGCAAGUGAACCAGUCGUACACCCAGGGGACCCAGUUUUACUCGUCUUCAUCCGUCAUGCUACUGCUGCUCGAUAUUAGGGAGCGGAUUAACCGAUUGGCCCCCCCAGUGGCACCUGGAAAACCCCAGCUGGACCUAUUUUCCUGUAUGCUAAAGCACAGGCUCAAGCUGAACAACAGUGAGAUGAUCCGGAUCAACCACGCCUUGGACAUGUACAAUAUAGAAAUACUGAAACAGUCAGAUCACCUGACUACUAAACUCUGCUGAGAUACAGUAAACAAACAAACAAAUGAAAAGAAGUGCAAGGAGAAAUGAAAAACUUUUUGGGGAGGGAUAUUCUUUUUCAUUUUGUUUGACAUUUUGUUUAUUUUUGGACCUUUCUUUUCUGCCUUUUGAUGUAAUAUUAACAACUUUGUAAUUGUAAUUGUUAAACAGACACUCAAAAAGGCAGUGAUGAAUCCUUUUAGCUGGUUAAAGAAGAUUAACGAAAACCACUUUAAAAGACUGUACCAUAUUUGUCCUAGCAUGUCCAUCAUUUCCUAAAAGAGCAUAAAGAGAGAAAAAGAAAAAGAAAAAUCUUUUGGUGAUGAAGAGGCCUUUAUUUUACUCUAAGGGAACAAAGGUUAUAUCUGAAACUGCCAUUCUUUACUGAGUAGAACAUUUUUAAAGAUAUAAUAAAGUUGCAUAAGGGCAGACCAGAUAUUAUACUUUUAUUUCAGUGAAUAUGCUUUAUCAACAAACAAAAUAUUAAAAUCAUGUGAAAAGACAGUUUAAUACAAUAUGAAGGCAUUUAUACAUAAUGGGUAAAUAGUAUAGCAAGCAAGUACUCUAAACAUUGGCAAUGUAGUCUUUUUAUAAUAUAAAAAACCCAAGUCUGCGUCCCUAUCUUUGUGAAGUAGGGUUUAAGGCACUUUGUUGCUAUACUUAAAGCAUAGGCACAGAACCGGGAUGGCAAAGUAUUUCCAUGUCAAAUAACGAAAGCCAGCUGUUUAUAUAUGUGCACACUAUUAUUUUGCUUGAUGCUUAUAGCUGUUUGUUACUUGAAUGUGUCAUUUCAGAGUGAGUGAAACCAUUCUAUGCUGAAACUUGUCUUUGGGCGCUGCCGCUCGUGGUCGAAAUUCUAACCCUUUUUCUCAUGAGGUGGUUUCUUCUGGUGCCUGAGUGCAAUAUUGUGGUCUGAAAAUGAACAAUCAAUGCUAUUUCGUACAGCUUUGCAAAACGUACACUGCUGAUGUGUCUGCUGAUGUGUCAAGCUUUUCGGCACCAAGAGCAAAUUUGAACAUUGAUCAUCCACAUGCAUCUGCAACAGACAAUAUAAUGCCUCACAUUUCUUUGAGGUACACAUAAGACAUGGAAAGCCCACAUAUAAUAAAAAAGAAAAAAAAU